UGGACAGGUUGUGGGAAGCGCAGGGUUUUGACAAAAACAAACGGCGACGGCGCUACCGCAGGGUCUAUGGCCGAGGCGGUGAGGCCCCCGCGCCGGGCCAAGGCCAAGGCCAGCCGGACUAAAACCAAGGAAAAGAAGAGAUCUGAAACUCUUCAGAGGGAAGAAUCUGAUGAAGUCUCCCUUCCAAAAACCUCCAGAGAGCUGGAAAUCCCUACUCCAGCUUGUGGAUUCAAAGGAGACUGUCUCAAGGUGUUAACUGAUUCCCAGCUCCAGAAUGCUGCCAGUGGACAAAACGAGAGUGAAAUGUUUGAUGUACCACUCACCUCCUUAACUAUAAGCGAUGAAGGGUCCCUGACAUGGAACACAGAGACCCUAAAGGAAGGGGAGGAGGUCAGAGCCUGUGUUGGGGAUGAUGCAGUGAAGCUGAAGUUUGACCCUGGAGACAAUGUCGGAACCAAAGUAGAAGCUCCCAAGAACUUUACAGAAGUAGAGGAAAAUAAGUUGGUACAGUGUGGACCUUCUGAAAGCACCUUGCAGUCUAAUUUUUCUUAUACUCAGCAGGAAAUGGAAAAUUUACAGGUCAGAGAAACUCAGAAAAAGAAAGACAAGCAAGCCUUGGGUUUUUCUUCAGAGGUGCUACAAAAUGUUCCCUUGCAGAGUUCUUGUGAAGCCAAAGACAUUUUUCAGCCACCUAGAGUGAAAAAACUAUAUCCUCAGUUGCCAGCCGAAAUUGCUAGAGAAGCACCAGGUUUGGUGGCAGCGAAACCCUUGUUUCGUAAUGAGCGACUCUACCCAGAGCUCCCAUCUCAACCAGAACUAGUACCAUUUACUAAAGAACAGCUAAAAAUCUUUGAGCCUGGUUCAUGGCUGGAAAAUGUUGAGUCAUAUUUAGAAGAAUUCGACAGCAUGGCUCAUCAGGACAGGCAUGAAUUUUAUGAGUUGCUUUUGAACUACUCGCGAUGUAGGAAGCAGCUGCUGCUGGCUGAAGCUGAGCUGCUUGCCCUGACGUCUGAUUGCCAAAAUGCGAAAAGUCGACUGUGGCACUUUAAGGACGAACAGUUGUCUAUGCAGGGUAUCUGUGCAGAUCAAGUGAAAGUUUCAGGCUAUCAUCGCUACCAGAGAGUAGAGAUGAAUGAAAAUGCACUGGGGGAGCUAAAGAAGCUAUUUGAUGCCAAAUCUGAGCACCUCCACCAGACCCUCGCUCUGCAUUCAUACACCUCUGUGCUCUCAAAGUUGCAAGUGGAGUCUUAUAUUUAUGCCUUACUCAGUGGUUCAGCUCUUCUGAGAUCUUUCGCAAUUCAAGGCCGAGCUUGUAAACAGACAGAAAGCUUUCCCUCUGACCUGUGUCAGCUAAAGGAGUGCAUCAGUGUCUUAUUCAUGUUCACCAGAAGGGUUAAUGAAGAUACUCAGUUCCAUGACGAUAUUCUUCUCUGGCUGCAGAAAUUGGUGUCAGUGUUACAAAGAGUUGGCUGUCCUGGCGAUCACUUCUUCCUUUUAAACCAUAUUCUUCGAUGCCCAGCUGGUGUUAGUGAAUGGGCUGUUCCUUUCAUCCAGAUCAAAGUGUUGAAUAAUCCAUCAGGGGUCUUUCAUUUUAUGCAGUCCCUUGCCCUGCUAAUGUCUCCUGUCAAAAAUCGAGCGGAGUUCCUGUGCCACAUGAAGCCUAGUGAGCAGAAGCCAUCCUCCUCAGGGCCUGCAUCCGGGACAUGGACACUAGUAGAUGAGGGAGGAGAAGAGGAUGAAGACCCCGAGACCAGUUGGCUUCUCCUUAAUGAAGAUGACUUGGUUAUCCUUUUAUCCCAGUUUCCGUUCCAUGAACUCUUUCAACAUCUUCUUGGGUUUAAAGCAAAAGGUGAUUAUUCACCUGAAACAACAAGACCUCAAGAGAUGAUGAAAAUUUUUGCCUUUGCUAACUCACUAGUGGAGCUUCUGGCUGUGGGGUUAGAAACCUUUAAUAGGGCACGCUACAGGCAGUUUGUGAAGCGAGUUGGUUAUAUGAUCAGGAUGACCCUUGGUUAUGUGAGCGACCAUUGGGCACAGUUUGUGAGCCACAACCGAGGCUUGGGUUUGGCCCAGCAGCCUUACUCCAUGGAGAAACUACAGGUUGAAUUUGAUGAGCUGUUUUUGAGAGCUGUCCUACACGUGCUGAAAGCCAAAAGACUUGGUAUUUGGCUGUUUAUGUCGGAAAUGCCCUUUGGGACGCUGUCGGUCCAGAUGCUCUGGAAGCUCUUCUACCUCAUGCACCAGGUGGAGAGUGGGAAUCUGGAGAAGCUCUGCGUCACUCUCCCGCCUGCUGAGUGCAAGAAGCAGCUCCAAGACCCAGAACACUUUGUGAACUUUGAGAAGUGUCUGUCUUCCAUGAAUAGCUCAGAAGAGAUUUGCCUUCUGACUACAUUUGCUCAGAUGGCUCAGGCCAGAAGAACCAAUGUGGAUGAAGACUUCAUAAAAAUUAUUGUUCUGGAGAUAUAUGAGGUAUCUUAUGUCACCCUGUCUACCAGAGAGACUUUUUCAAAGGUUGGUCGAGAGCUCUUAGGGGCCAUCACAGCUGUUCACCCUGAGAUAAUUUCUAUCAUUUUGGAUCGAGUUCAAGACACCAUUGACCAGGUGGGAAUGGUUUCUUUAUACUUGUUUAAAGAACUGCCUUUGUAUCUCUGGCGACCGUCUGCCUCUGAGAGAGCUGUGAUUCGGGAUUGGUUAUUGAAUUAUAACCUGGCAAUGGUGAAGAAUAAAUUGGCCUGCGUUAUUCUAGAAGGACUCAAUUGGGGAUUUGGUGAACAGGGUACCCUUCAUCUGGAUCAAGCAGUCCAUGCUGAAGUGGCUUUAAUGAUUCUUGAAGCGUACCAGAAAUACCUUGCACAGAAGCCAUAUGCUGGGCUUCUUUCUGAAAGUAUGAAGCAGGUUUCAUAUUUGGCCAGUAUUGUUCGAUAUGGAGAGACACCUGAGACCUCAUUUAACCAGUGGGCCUGGAACUUGAUCUUGAGGUUAAAACUGCACAAAAAUGAUUAUGGAAUACAGCAGAAUUGUCCAACUGUUCCCUUCUCCAGCACUGUGCCUGAAAUGACAGAGUCACCCACGUUUCAUCCUCUCUUGAAGGCUGUUAAGGCGGGCAUGCCCAUCGGCUGUUACCUGGCUUUAGCUAUGACCACCGUGGGCCACAGGUACAGUAAUGCUCUGGGUUACCACUGUGAUCGGAGUCUGCUCUCUUCUUUGGUGAGCUGGAUCGUGGCUGGCAACAUCACUCCUUCCUUCGUGGAGGGCUUGGCCACGCCCACCCAGGUCUGGUUCGCCUGGACAGUACUGAACAUGGAAUCCAUCUUUGAAGAAGACUCCCAGCUCCGUCGAGUUGUCGAAGGGGAAUUGGUGAUAAACUCAGCUUUUACCCCUGACCAAGCUCUGAAGAAAGCCCAGGCCCAGCUGAAGCUCCCCAUCGUCCCAUCCCUGCAGAGGCUGCUGAUUUAUCGUUGGGCGCACCAGGCCCUUGUCACACCUUCUGAUCACCCUCUUCUGCCUCUCAUUUGGCAGAAGUUCUUCCUCCUGUAUCUUCACCGCCCAGGACCGCAAUAUGGGUUACCCAUAGAUGGUUGUAUUGGAAGAAGGUUUUUUCAAAGCCCUGCUCAUAUCAGUUUGUUGAAAGAAAUGAAGAGGCGCCUGACGGAGGUGGCAGACUUCCACCAUGCUGCGAGCAAGGCCCUCCGCGUUCCAGCAGAGGGCAGUGAAGGGCCACCUGCCAGCCAGGCUGGCACCCCCGGCUACCUGACUUCACCAGAGCUGCACACGGAGCUCAUCUUCAGCAUUCUUCUCAAAACUAAAGAAAGGGUUUUAAGUAACUUGCGGAAGCAUGAGGCUCCCCAGCCUCCCCUUGACCUGCACCCAGUGAGGCCUCCUGUGCCAGUCAUUUCCUCAGCCGUGCUCCUGAGUCAGAAGGACGCCACCCAGCUGGUGCGCACGGACCUGAAUGUGUUGCAGCAGCAGGCCAGAACUGCAGCUCUUCGAGAAUCCCAGCAGGUUGCCCUGGAGAGUGAGCUGUUGGACACAAUGCCCAAACAGUACGUGAACAGGGAAGAACAGGCCACUCUGCAUUUGGAGUGUAGAGGUAGUAGUGGUAAGAAAUGCCAAGGACCAGCCGUUGUCACAGUUCAGUUUGAAGGUAUGCAUAAAAAUGAAGCAAUAAGCCAGCAGCUUCAUGUUUUGCGAAAAGAAGUGAAGCAGUUGCAAGCCGAAGCUGCUAAACCACCAUCACUUAAUACUGUGGAAGCUGCGGUCCAUGCAGAAAACUUGAUUACGGCCUUAGUGAAUGCCUACAAGUUGCAGCCUACUCCUGGGGUUCAGAAGGUUGGCAUUAGCCUCUUCUUUACUGUUGUGGAUUAUGUCAGUGAUGAAACUCAGCGUCAUCCUCCCACAAGGCAGUUCUUUACAUCAUGCAUUGAGAUCUUGGGACAGGUGUUUAUCAGCGGCACUAAGUCAGAAUGCAGGAAAGUACUGGAGACCGUUCUGAAGAAUAGAAGGCUCUGCUCUCUGCUGUCGCCUUUCUUCACUCCCAAUGCUGCACCCGCGGAAUUCAUUCAGCUCUAUGAGAAAGUGGUGAAGUUUCUAAGUGAGGACAACAGUGAUAUGAUUUUCAUGCUGCUGACCAAGUUCAAUCUUAAGCAAUGGUUAAACACCACUAAACCUCCUCUGUCUGAUCGUACCAGGCUUCUGGAGUCCAUUCAUUUGGCACUUACUGCCUGGGGUCUUGAACCAGAUGAAGAUAUUUUGAUGCCAUUUAAUCUUUUCUGUAAGCACUGGACUUACCUUCUUCUCUAUCAGUUCCCUGACCAGUACAGUGACAUUCUCAGGCUGCUGAUGCAAAGCUCCGCCGAGCAGCUGCUGAGCCCAGAGUGUUGGAAAGCCACUCUGAGAGCCCUGGGCUGCUGUGCCCCAAACUGCCAGCAGGGGGCAGCUUCUGCAGAGAGCUCGGUGCUUCAGAGCUCUCCAGAUGUUCUCUUGUCUGACAAGCAGGUAGUGGAGACUAUACAGUGGCUUUCAAACUUUUUUUAUAAGCUUCGGUUAUCCACAUUGGACUUUAAAAGCUUUGGUUUAUUCUCAAAAUGGAGUCCUUACAUGGCUGAUAUGAAGACACUCUUGGGCUAUCUUGUAAAACGGCUGCUUGAUUCAGAAAUGGCCUGCUUGGCUCAAGACCCAUUUCCCAGCAGCAAAACAGUGCUGAGAUCCCUACAUUCAGUAAUCAUCCAGCUCUUUAAGCCAUGGAUCUUGGUUUUGGAGGACCAUGAAAGCAGCCAACGACAUUACCCCUGGCUGGAGAGUGAUGCUGUGGUGGCCUUAAGCAUUGUGCAGUUGUUCACGGACUGUAUUGACUCUUUGCACGAGAGUUUUAAAGAUAAGCUGUUGCCAAGUGAUGAAGGAGCCCUUCGGUUACACCUGAUGCAUUAUUGUGAAGCGUGUACAGCCCCCAGAAUGCCAGAGUUCAUUCUGUACGCCUUCCAUAGUGCCUACCGGAGACUCCCAUGGAGGGACCUGCACCCUGACCAGAUGCUCAUGGAGGCCUUCUUCAAAGUGGAACGAGGAAGCCCUAAGAGCUGCUUCUUAUUUUUGGGGUCUGUCCUGUGCGAAGUCAACUGGGUCAGUGUGCUCUCUGAUGCCUGGAGCCCCAGUCCCCACCCAGAGACCCGGAGCAUGAUUGUCUGCCUCCUUUUCAUGAUGAUUUUAUUGGCAAAGGAAGAUCAGCUGGUAGACCAAGCAGAUUCACCUCUCCUGAACCUCCUCGGACAAACAAGCUCACUCUCAUGGCAUCUCGUGGAUACCGUGUCCUACCAGAGCGUGCUCAGUUAUUUCAGCAGCCAUUACCAGCCAGCCAUCAUCCUGGCAAAGGAAUCUUCUGCAGAAUUAAUCAUGAAGCUCCUAAGAGUGUCUGCGGGCCUUUCCAUUCCUACUGACAGCCAGAAACAUCUUGAUGCAGUUCCAAAGUGCCGAGCCUUCACUCAUCAGAUGGUUCAGUUCCUCAGCUCCCUGGAGCAAAAUGGAAAAAUCACCUUAGCAGUCCUAGAAAAGGAGAUGUCUAAGCUCUUGGAUGAUAUCAUCGUCUUUAACCCACCUGACAUGGACAGCCAAACCCGCCACAUGGCCCUCAGUAGCCUCUUUAUGGAAGUCCUAAUGAUGAUGAACAAUGCGACUAUUCCAACGGCAGAGUUCCUCCGGGGCAGUGUCCGGACCUGGAUUGGACAGAAAGUGCACGGGCUGGUGGUCCUGCCCCUCUUAACAGCAGCCUGUCAGAGCCUGGCUUCUGUCCGCCACAUGGCUGAGACCACGGAAGCCUGCAUCACUGCCUACUUCAAAGAAGGUUCCCUCAAUCAGAAUUUAGGAUGGGGCCCCAUUCUGGUGUCCCUUCAAGUUCCUGAGCUUACCAUAGAAGAAUUUCUGCAGGAGUGCCUGUCCCUCGGCAGUUACCUGACUCUUUAUGUCUACUUGCUUCAAUGUUUAAAUAGUGAACAGACUCUAAGGAACGACAUGAAGGUGCUGCUCAUCUUAAGCAAGUGGUUGGAACAGGUGUAUCCAAGCUCCACGCAGGAAGAGGCCAAGCUGUUUUUGUGGUGGCACCAAGUCCUGCAGCUGUCCCUGAUUCAAGCGGAGCAGAGUGACUCGGUCUUGAUAGAAUCUGUCGUUCGAAUUCUGCUCAUGCUUCAGAGCAGGCUGAGCCUGCUGGCCGAGGAGAGGCUCAGCUCUGGGAUUCUGGGGGCAAUUGGGCUGGGCCGGAAGUCACCCCUGUCUAACAGGUUCCGAGUGGUUGCUCGAGGCAUGGCCGCCUUCCUUUCAGUUCAGGUUCCUUCCGAGGAUCAGAUCCGUUUGAAGCCUGGCACGGAAUUACAUCUGACCCCAAAAGCUCAGCAGGCUCUGACUGCUCUUGAAUCCUUGACGUCAAAUAAGCAGUAUGUUGAAUACCAGGAUCAGAUAUCACAAGCUGCACAAUUUAUAAAGCAUCCUGGCCAUUGCCUCCAAGAUGGGAAAAGCUUCCUGGCUCUUCUUGUUAACUGUCUCUAUCCAGAAGUGCAUUAUUUGGACAACAUACGAUAGUAACACUGAGUAUCUCAAGAAACCCUGUUGCUGUUUACGUUUACAUUUAACUUUGCUGUUGCACAAGUAACUUCGCUCAGUCUCACUGCAGAGCUCAGUUUGGCCAAUGAGUUUGUUGACUGCGAUGCAAGUUGGGGGGCACUAGAUAAUUCUGUUGCGCAUGCGCACGUGUGUGUGCAUGUGUGUGUGCGUGUGUGCGUGCGUGUGUGUGUGUCUUAGUUCUUGAAACUUCUUGGGGCCUUUUUAGUUUUUAUGUUCACCCGACAGGAGAAACUUACUGAGUCCCACUUGGGCACAGAACCACUCUCAGCUGCUGGAGCCCCAGUCACCUCACAGGACCCCGCACAGAGCUCUUCUGUGUCUCCAUUUCUGUCUUCCCUAUUUUAUUUAAAUCUCGAGACUGCUGUGCCAGAUCUAACCGCUUUGGGAGUCAUGUAGAACCCUCACUUUUGAACCCCAUUUGUGUUCUUUCCAGGUAAAAAAAGCUUAGAAAAUUUCUGCAUUUCUCACAGGUGGGGAAAUACACCAGCUUAAAAGUUUCACUUCCCUCAGAAUGGAGAUAAGAAUGCUGAAUUAAAGUGAGUCAUUGUCUAAAAUGGGGCCACUUGAUCCUGAUUGUAGUGGACAGCAGAGACGGUGACAAGUCCAUUUCCAUCCAGCUGUGGUCCUUAUGGAGAAGGAGACAUCCCUGUCAACCGAGGUGGCACGCUGGUGGUGUGUUUUGUGUGACCCCCAUGGUGGAGAGUGUGGUCACUGUAGACGUAAUCUCUGUAGAGCCUACCCCAGCCCAUUCCCUCACUCAGGUCACUUCCUCCGUCCCUGUAGACAUCAGAGUUCGCAACUCUUGUUAGACACCAGGCUUGAAAUUGGAAGGCCUUGCUGUCUAGAAAGAGACAGAGUCUGAGAACUUGAUGCUCUGGGUCCCUGUGUGUUUCUUCAUUCCACAUGUAAAGUCAGAUGAAGUUAGCACACCUGCUGAAGCACUUGUCCAUGGAAAUUGGGCUUUUCCCAGUAGCCCUGUGCCUUCUGUUGUUGGUAACAGUUCACUCAUUACCAGCGCCUUUCUGUAGUGUGGCCUUGUUCUGUCGCCAGCUUCUUGCUCUCGUCAUUUCCCCCCCUGGAAUGAAAGUUUGACUUUUGUCUUCCUAAUUCUCUUGGCUCAGAAUUGGUUUUGUUUGUUCAGCUUGCAUAGUAUGUCUUCUGUUCAUGGGUUACUUAUAACCCAAGGGUAUUUACCUAAAAAUAUCUGAACUGAGAGCUCUUAGCAGGGGGUAGGGAUCUAGGUUAACGGAGUGAUAAUCUCUUUUCAGAUAUCCUAUGUAGUACUUCCCCCAACAUGUGGAAGUGUGCAGGAGCUGUUCUUCAUUUCAAACUUCUCUAGCUGGACAGAACACUUCUGCCUCACAGAGCUCAUCCCCGUGCAGCCUCCGAGUUUGUGUAGGUCACGAGGUAUCCGUCUCAGAGGGGCGCGUCACAGAGCUAGCCUGGGGCGUUUUGCUUCUCUCCACUUUGAACAUCAGGCAGCUUCCCUGUGCUGUGUAAGAAAGUGUUAGAAGCUGUGAGCAGUUUGCUGGCCGAUUUGGCAACAAAGAUUUUAUGACAGGAGGGGUUUUGUGUGCUCUUUUCUCUGAGGAAGCUGUAAUUAUUGGUAUCCUAGAAUGUGAACAUUUUUGAGUGACAGUAUGUACAUUUUAAAGAAAAUUAUGAUUAUUAAUUUUCAAAGGUUUGUAAUAUUUAUAAUGUGUUUGGUCUGUAAAAAUCAUAAAAAAUAAAACCAACCUUUGGUUGUAGCUGGCAAGACUACGAA